CGCUGGUCGUCUACAUGCACUCCAACAUGGCGUCAUCGAUCGAUGCAAUUCCUGUGCGCGACGCAUGUCUCGGUGCGGGCUUCGAUUUUGCCACCUUUGACUUUGGCGGCUGCGGGCUCUCGACUGGCCCGUUUGUCACUGGCGGGUACGAAGAGCGACUGCAGCUGCAGGCCGUGCUGUCGACGCUAGCCGUGCUGGAGCCAUCGUACAAGACGGUCUUUCUGUGGGGCCACAGCCUCGGCGCGGCGACAGCGCUCGAGUUUGCGGCCACGACGCGAGAAGAGACCCUCGUGGCCGGCCUCGUCCUCGACAGCCCGUACACGUCGCUCGCUGAUAUGAUUCAAAGCUGCUUUGAGAACGCCAAGAACCAAGGACUGUACCUCCCGGGGGUUGUGCUGUGGAUGACGAUGGCGCUCGCACGCAAGAGCAUCCAAUCCCGUGCCGGCUUUUCCCUCGACGCUGUGCACCCGGAGCAUGCAAGUCGCAAGUGCACCAUGCCCGCGCUCUUCUUCAACGGGUCCCAUGAUUUGUAUGUCCCGCCACUCAUGGCAUCGCGCUUGCACACUGCGUAUGCUGGCCACGCGACGCACUUGCCAUUCGACGGCGACCACUACGGGCAGCGGCCGAUUGGCGUCCAGAAGAGCGCGAUCGCCUUUCUCAAGUCGCUCAUCACGCGGGCGUAAUCACACCAAUUUGCACAACUUGCACGUGACAAAGGGCGCAGUAAAACGUGGUGACAGCAAGAGGCUUCGAUAUGUGCA